UUCAUAUACAAACGCAAUCUGAGUUUGUCGGAGGCGGAGAUAAAAAAAAAGUCGACGACCGGAGAUGGCCGGAAGAAGAGCGAUGAUGCAGUGGUUUGCGCUCACAGUAACAAUAGUGCUCUCCCUUCUGAUUCAGCCUUCUUCCUCCAUUUACUGUGAUGAAGAUGACUGUUACGAUCUCCUUGGGGUGGCUCAAAAUGCGAAUGCUUCUGAAAUAAAGAAAGCUUAUUACAAGCUCUCUCUGAAACAUCAUCCAGAUAAAAAUCCCGAUCCAGAAUCAAAGAAAUUUUUUGUCAAAAUUGCAAAUGCUUAUGAGAUUUUGAAAGACGAUGCCACAAGGGAACAGUAUGAUUAUGCACUUGCCCAUCCAGAGGAGUUUUUCUACAAUACGGCACGGUAUUACCAUGCUUACUAUGGUCACAAAACUGAUCCCCGUGCUGUCCUCAUUGGUCUUCUUCUGAUACUCUCAUCAUUUCAGUAUCUGAAUCAGUGGACAAGAUAUAAUCAGGCUAUUGAGAUGGUCAAGAAAACACCAGCUUAUAAAAAC